GGAUAUUCUGCUCUGAGUCAUCGAUCGGAAGAAACUAAACAUGUCUGGACGCGAUAAAGUUGGCGGAGGAAAGGUGAGGUCUAAGGCCAAGACUCGCUCCUCCCGUGCCGGGCUGCAGUUCCCCGUCGGUCGUGUCCACAGGCUGCUGAGGAAGGGACACUACGCUCAGCGUGUCGGUGCCGGCGCUCCGGUCUACCUGGCGGCGGUGCUCGAGUACCUCACCGCUGAGAUCCUCGAGUUGGCCGGGAACGCCGCCCGGGACAACAAGAAGACCAGGAUCAUCCCCCGUCACCUGCAGCUCGCCGUCCGCAACGACGAGGAGCUCAACAAGCUGCUCGGCGGAGUCACCAUCGCUCAGGGCGGCGUGCUGCCCAACAUCCAGGCCGUGCUGCUGCCCAAGAAGACUGAGAAGGCCGUCAAGGCCAAGUAAACCACGAUCCUCAACCCCCACUGCACAAAGGCUCUUUUAAGAGCCACC